AUGGACAUCCAAUUCAUAUUAGACCCGUUUGCGUGCGCAGUAUAUAUUGUUGACUAUAUUAACAAGGCUGACCGAGGGAUGUCUCGUCUUUUGUGUGAAGCUUUGGACGAAGCUAAAAAAGGAAAUAAAAGUGUUAAAGAUUCAUUAAGAAUAGUAUCUAAUGUAUUCUUAAAUUCUAGUGAGAUCUCUGCUCAAGAGGCAAUCUAUGUACUGACUGGUUUACCGCUGUCACGAGCUAGUGAAGCUGCAAUGUACAUAAACACUAGUUUGCCACAAGAGCGAGUGCAUAUUUUAAAAAGUUACCUUGAAUUGCAAAGCCUCGAACCUGAUUCUUCCGAUAUAUUUCAAAAGGAUAUUAUUGAUUAUUAUUCAAAACGACCACUAUCGUUAGAAAACAUAAGUCUUUCCCAUUUUGUAGCAUAUUACACCUAUUCCAAAAAAAUUUAUUCAACUAGUUCAAUAGAAACUCUCAAUGACAGUUCUCAAGCAAUUGAUUAUUCCCAGGCUGUUGAAGAAGUUGAAGCGGAAGGGAAUUGGAUUCCUUUGCAAGAUAAAAAAAAACUGUCAGAGGUGCCCCUGUAUUUGCAUGUAAUGUGCUUCAAAAUAAUUUUGUUGACAAUUUAA